AUGGUGCCACCUCAGCGGACAGACUCACGGUGGAGGCUCAUUUUGCUGCUUCUGUUGUCGUUUAACUGUUGCGCGGCUCUUCCCUUUCAAGCCGAGGGGCAGCCCGCCGUUCACUGCAAUCAGCCACCGUUGGAAGUGCAUCCAAAAGACUGCUGCCAGCUGCCUUCACUGAUCGAUGAGGAGCUGCUGCGCAACUGCAAGACACUGUACGGUGGGGAACCGCUUCAGCGGAAGCUAAUAUACGAGCGGGGCAAGUGCUUUGUAGAGUGCGCUCUUAACGCAACGGGUACGCUAGUGGGCGGUGUGCUCGAUCAGGCCAACAUACUGCACGUGAUCGUGACGGCCACGCAGAACGAUCCGGCCGUCAUGCAGCUGUUCCAGAGCAGUGCGUUGCAGUGCUUCCAAACCGUGGGUGCUGGUGGUGGUGGUGCAAGCAGCCCAACAGGCUGCAGUAGCUUGGGCGUUGAUUUUGUGGGGUGUGUUAACAUCAAAAACUUUGUGAACUGUCCGCCGCACAUUUGGAGCAACAGUGCGCAGUGCAACGCCUUGAGGCAGUACAUUCUGGAGUGUCCCCAGCCGUUCUAGCCGUUCUU